AUGCCAAUGUGGUUUGACAUGCCUCGAAAUACAACAAUUGAUUUUGAAGGCAUUUGUGAAGUUGCAAUUAAAACUACAGAAAAUGAAAAAUUACGUUUUACAGUAGUUCUGGGCAAUACCACAUCCGGAAAAAAGCUCCUGCCUGCUGUAAUUUUCAAAUUAAAAAAAACCAAAAGGCAAGUUUCUAUGAGAUUUUGUGGUGACCACGGCACCUUGUGCAAAUAUGGUAGAGGAUUUGAUGAUUUCUACUUAUAUUCUAUGAGGAAAGGUGGGUUUACUAAAAAAGUGAACUGCAAAAGAGCAUUAUACGAAUUGGUAUGUGAAUGGGUAUCUGAAAUGUGGAGGGAAAUCAGUACAGAUCUUUUGGCUAGGUUUUUUGAAGCAGCUGGGCUUACACUUAACUCUAAUGGCAGUGAAGAUGAAAAAAUGACAAGCCAUUUUCAAGCGAUUAUUGCAAACUAUAUGAAUGAG